GAUCUCCACUGGCUACCUGCUCAGUCGCCUGCUUGGUGCAUUAGGCUCCUACCCUGGCCACCGCCUGGACAGCCUGUCCAUCCUCGACCGGGUGAACCUGGAGAGCUGGCGAGGUGGCAGCCAGAGCCCUGGCCUAACUUUUGACCACCUGAAGACGGUGCUGCUGUGGGCCUCUGUGCUCUUCCCAGCACCCGAGGACUGGGCAGACCUUCAGGGUUCCGUGUACCGCCUGCUGGUGGUGCUGCUCUGCUGCCUGGCUACCAGGAACCUGCCCCACUUCCUGUACCCGGAGCACAACUUGCUGCAAGACAGUGGCCUGGACCUCGGCGUCAUCUACCAACGUGUGGAACACUUCGCCAGCCAGCCUGAAGAGUCCUUACGAAUCCAUGUCACCCACCUGGGCCACAGCCGUCCACCACGCAUUGACAAUGGAGUCAAGGCACUCCUGCAGCUACCCGCCAGUGACCCUACCUACUGGACCACUGCCUACUUUGAUUUUCUGCUAGAUAAGUUCCAGGUCUUUAACAUCCAGGAUAAGGACAGAAUCUCAGCCAUGCAGAACAUCUUCCAGAAGACCAAGACCAUGGGAAGUGACAGCAGCUGA